CGGAAACCUACUGUUGUCCCUGGUGGAACGACAUCCGGGUACGAGAGUGAGGGAACGCUAGGCAUAUGAGCCCACUCGGGACACAUGGUCCCCUAUUCGGGCCCAUCAAGAAGUAUGGGCCCCCCGAGCUACCCCGCGUCUCAAAACCAGCCUGUGGCCCAACCGCCGCCCUCCCAGCAGGCCUCGCAAGCUAGUGUGGCCGGGGGAGGGGGCCAAGGACAAGGCGGGCAGGGCAAUGGGGGCCGAAGUCAAGGGGGUAGAGGAGUGGGCGGCCGGGGGCGAGGAGGAAAUGGUGGAGGCCGUGGAGGAGGCUGGAAUGGUCAAGGGGGCGAGAACCAAGGUGGCCAAGGCAGCCAGGGAGGGGGCCAAGGGUAUGGGGGCCCCCGCUUCGAUUGGCGAAAUGCAACGAGUUGGCAUUGUGGCGAGAUGGGCCACACUAUACGGUUCUGCCAACAGCGGCGAGACGAUGAGUUGGCGGGGUUAAUCUCCUCAUGCAUGGGCGGAGAUAUAUUCGAUAGGUGGGGGACGCAUAUUGACCCUAGGACUCCGGGAGGGAUUAGGCAAGAGGCCCUUAAGAGAGCAGCGACAGUACCGCCAGCAGCUCCAGCAAUGUUUAGAAUAUGGCAGGAGAGGGAGGACCUGGGUGCGAGGGUCGAGGAGAUUGUGGACGAGAACGAGAAAGUGACUCAACAACUAAAGGCAGGGACCAUAAAGGAGGAACCCAUAGUUAUUGAGUCCGACGACGAGGAGGAGGAGGUAAGAGAGUCGGCCCUGACCAUCCUGGAAAAGAUGGAGGACCUGCUUGCAAAAGUGGGCAGGUACCAGGAACGGUUAAGGGUGAUGUGCGAAGAGGCCCGAGAGUGGGAACUGAACCUCCCUGAGGUAAUGCUCUAUGGGUCCGGCCCGGAGUCAUCGUCAGGGCCGCAAGGAUGUCCAAGUGUGGCAACAGCUGGGGCAGGCCCUAAGUCAGGGAUGACCUUUAGACCCCCCACGUCGCAUGGAAGGGUGCCCCAGGCCACGCAGACUAGGGGCCAAAGCAAGGCUACCGCCAGUCAAGGGCCCAGCCAGGCACCCAGUCGGGCGCCCCCUCGAAAGGACCCUGAGCCCGAGCGAAGGAAAGAAGUGGUAGAGGUUCAAGAAGAGGAAGAUGAGGGUGAUGACGAGGAGGACGAGAGGCUCCAGCAGGAGGAGGACCGGAGAGCGGAACAGAGGGCCGAGAAGAGAGGGGCUCAGGGAGGGGCGGAGCCAAGCUUGCAUGAUGGCGUACCAAAAAGGAAAAAGUAUGCACUCCGGCUGGAGGAGGGCUUUGAUGUGGAGCGAAUGGUGGACAAGCUCCUGGAGGGCCAUAACGAUCUGAUAAAUUUAAAAGACAUUUUGGCCUCGGCACCAAGGCUCCGAGGCGAGCUGAAAGGGCGGCUCUCGCGAAGGUUAGUGCCCAAUGUCCACCUGAGCUCAAUUUUGCCCAGGGAGAUAGAGUGGACAGAGGCGGGCACCAUGAUGGACUGGAAAUGUGUGGCAUGCGGGCUGGUGGAUCUGAAAGUGAGAGACCAACCAAGCAUCGCAAUGGUGGACACGGGCGCGAAGAUGAAUAUCAUCCGGGAGCAGGACGCGACUAUGUUAGGGCUGGACGUUGACCAUUCGGACCAUGGCGUGCUACAUGGCGCCAACUGCAAGGCCAUAUUCCGUGGCACCGCGUCUAACGUGAUGGUGGAGAUCGGGAGGGUAAGGGCGCGAACGUGCUUCUUCGUCAUGCCCGAUGUCGACCACCCUAUCCUCCUGGGGAGGUCAUUCCUCUGUCGGACGGAGACCUUGGUCUUCAACAGACAUGAAGGGACGAUGAUCCUGACCCUAUCUGAUCCGGCCUGUUGGAAUUAUGAAAUCAUCGAGUGUCGGAACACAGGGCCCGCAGUGUCGUGCCGCAUCAACAAUGAGAAUGAGGAAGGGUUGAUAAUUGGCGAGCUUGGCUUCCUUUCGUCCCAGGAGAGGACCCUAAUGGUGGAAACCAUGAAGAGGAGGCAUUGCGUGUAUGCGUUUAAUGACGACGAGCGUGGGAGGUUGGAUGUGGAUAAGAUUCCAAUGAUACGAAUUCAUACCGUCCCACACAAGCCAUGGAACUUGAAGGGCGCGCGAUACCCGAAUCCAGAUGAAGAGAAGAAGGUGGUGGACUACCUGGACGGGAAGAUGCGAACAUACGUGGCAGAUUACUCCAGUGGACCGUAUGCCUCCCCUUGGUUUUGCUUUAUCAAGCCGAACGGGACGUUACUGUGGGUGCAGGUUUUGCAACGAUUGAAUGUAGUAACGGUGCGGGACGCGGGAGGCUUGCCGAACGCAGACGCCCUGUCAGAGUCAUGCGCAGGGAGGCCUAUAAUCUCACUUAUAAACCUUUAUUCUGGGUAUGACCAGUUUCCUGUGUACCCACCGGAUAGGUCGGAUGGGCUGAUCCACAUGAACGUGGCGCCGCAGGGGUGGACUAAUGCGGUGGCGACGGUGCAAAGGCACAUGAUUAGGGCCAUGCAGACGGUUAGUCCAUAUAUCACUCAGCCCUACAUUGACGAUUUGGUGGUUAAGGGUCCAAAGGAGAAGGAGGAAGACGAAGUGAUGCCCGGAGUUCUGGGUCUGCUGGAAGAACACAACCUGACGGCGAGCGGCCCCAAGUCGAAGCACUGUAUGAGGGAGGCCACGAUUCUGAGCUUUGUCUGCAACGAGAAGGGGCGGAGGCCAGACGUGAAGAAAACGGAUAAGAUCCUAGAGUGGUCAGUCCCCUUCCAGUCAAUAACGGACGUGAGGAGCUUCCUUGGGACCUGUGGGUUUUGGAGGAGUUUUGUGAAAGACUUCGCCACCAAGACUGAGCACUUGAGGAAGCUGGUGCGUCAGGAUCAGGAAUGGGUUUGGGGCAAAGACCAUGAAAGGGCCGUAGAAGGGAUGAAGAGAGAGUUCAAGGAAGGAGGUUUGGUGCUGGGGGCGCCGAAUUACGAAGUCACGGAUGAGAAACCAUUCGUUGUCGAGACGGAUGCUGGGCCAACUGCCCUAGGAGGGGUCCUGAUUCAGACAGAUGCGGAUGGGAAGGAGAGACCGUUAAGUUUUGAAAGUCGUACCCUCAAUACGACUGAGAGAAAUUACUCCCAGUUUAAGAAGGAGACGUUGGCGGUGCUCCAUUGCCUAAGGACCUUCCGCAACUACAUCUUUGGCAGGAGGCUCAUUUUGAGGGAGGACCCUACCGCGCUGACAUGUUCCCUGAAAAGUUAUACUCCAUCUGAUCCAACCAUCGCGAGGUGGUUGACUUACAUUUGGAUGUUUAACUUUGAGUUGGAGAGGAUUCCUGGGGAUAAGAACAGGGCAGAUGGGAUGAUCCGUAUCAACUGGGAUGGGGCGGGUCAAGAGUCGAUUGAGGAUACCCCACCAGCUGACGGGUUCUUGGAUCAGGAGGAGGAUGUCCGCCUCCACAUAAAUGAGUGGUCGCUGGGGGUGCCUAGCUGUGUCACGCAUCCUAUAUGGCUAGCACCAAGGGGGUACGAGCAGAAGGAGAAGUUGGUCCUCAAGCCCUUCCAAGAAGAAGACCCGUGGGGGAGUAGAGAUGUUGGCUGGAUGAUGAAGUUGGCAUUGGCAGGGACACAUAGUCUGGCGGAGGAGGUGAGGACGAUAGAGGAAGGCCCGACCCAGAUAGAGGAGCAUGAGCAACUGAUGGGAGGAAUGUACUUGCUCACCAACACGCUCCUGCAGGGGAACUUUAGCCAGAGGAGCGCCGCGAGUUCAGAGAAGGGCGAGCUUCUUAUUCCUGAGAGUCAGGGCGACGAGUUCGAAGAGGGAGAGAUCAGGGAGGCCUUCCGUGGUGAGGAGUAUGACGGGAUCUAUCGGGAAUUGGGGUUACUCGUGUCAUGCGAAAUAAGGGAUAGGGACGCUAGUGCUAAAGCCCAGAAGAUGAGGCAUCUCUACGUAGUAAGGGACGACCAUCUGUUUAUAAAGCGACAGGUUGGGAACCCAAAGAGGAUCGUAUGUGGGAGGAACCGACAGAUCGAUGUCAUAGCGACGUUACACGAUGGUAUAGCAGGAGGGCACAGAGGGGUUAGUGCCACGUGCGCAAAGAUACGUGAGUCUGACUUUUCGAAGGCAGUCAUGCAGAGGGGCGGGAGGGACACACGGCCACGUCAGGGACUCCAAAGGAUGGCGGGAGGAGGCGAGCAGCACGAGCUGCAUAGGAGGGAGCCCACGCCGGAGUUUGAUGACGACAACAUUGAGCUCUUCUUGGACCUCAGGAGAAUGUUCGGACGGCCACAGCACGAGAGGCACGAGCCCAGAGUUGAGAGGCGACGACGAAGCAAGAGGCCAAGGGAACCGGCACCGAGAGAGGCGGGGCCGACCAGAGAGAGGAGGGGAGCCCCAGCCCAGCGGGAGGAUGAGCCCGCAGGGCCCGCAUUGGCAGAGGAGUCGUUCCCUGCUUGUAGCCUCCGAGCGGUUGAGUUUCGGCGGAUUACGAGCGAGGAAUUGAGGCCGCCCUCGCCACUGCCAUCAAUGCAGGAGCUGGACAUACCAAGAGUGACGCCAUUCCGAAGCUUAGCUACUCAUCUCGAUGUAUCCCAAUGGGAGGCCUCACGGUUGGGAGAGGGCUCAGUUGAGCCGGCAUGCUACGUGCCAUUGGAGGAGCCCCUCGACCCCGAGAUGGAGACAGACAUGCAAGACCGAGAGGAGCCGCAAGAUCCUGAGAUGGCAGCCGAGCGGCCGGAUCCGGUGCAACCUCAGAGUAGAGAGGUGAUCACGGUUGGGGACGAUAUCCCUCCAUGCUCCCCAGCUCCAGAGCCAGCACAACGUUCAUGGCCAGAGGGGAUUCCUGAGCCUGGCAGUGAGGAGAUCCCGGAGUUUCCCCCUGAGGCCACCACUAUACCUGAGCAGGAGGCAGAGGCGGAGGACCAGGGUCUGUGUGAGAGAGCGAGGAUGGAGGCGCCCCUUGACUUGCCCUCGGCCACGCAGGUGACCAAGAGCCCGGACAUCGAGGAACCCGUUUCAGCAGAGUUACCGUCAGUAGUGUCGCGCGCGAGCGAAGGGAUGGAGGCGGAGGCGUCGACUCCAGGAGACCACGGGCCGCGAGUGGGAGGAACCCCAAGAGAGACCCGCGAGGAGAAGUUCGCCCGAGUGCAGGUCCGCGUCACCGAAUCAGGGAGUAGCAGUGGAGGUCCCUCGUCAGGCCGAGCCGAGCCGAUGGAGGAGGCGCCCUUGGACGCAGUCGAGGAGGAGAGUGGCGCGCAGGAGUCGCUUAUGGCUAUGUCUACGGAGAGGAGAGGUUCACGCUUGCAUGAGCUGGCGGCAGCCAUGGGGAUAGGCACUCCACAGGAGGGGCCUCAGGGACUCGACGCUCCAGAGCAUGCCCCGAGGUUGGGGGAGUUGAGGGCGGAGCUGGGCUCCUGGGCCACGGGGACCAACUCAAGAGGGCCUGACUCGCGACGGCAGCAACAGCAGGAGGUCAUGAGUGAGCCCGCCGCUAUGGGGGGCUCUCAGCUGUCAGGAGUAUGUAGGGAUGAGGCGAUGAUGACAGAGAGGGCGCAUGAGGAGGGACCCCGAGAGUUGGAUACGCCAGAGCGCGGGCCAGAGAGUGCGGUUGCACGAGGGGGUGAGGGUGCUGAGGUUAUGGAGCCUGGACCUCGGGGCCAUGUGGGGUUGCCCUCGUGUCAUGAGGUGACUACUGAGACCGUGGGGGCGCCUUCGACAUCGAGUUCGCAGGGGAGAAAAAAGAAGACUGCCAGGUGGCACGAUACCUCCUGUUUUUGGUGCAAGGAGGGAGGGCAUAGAGCCGUGGACUGUCCAGAGCUCCUUGAGGAUAAGGCCGAGGGGCGAGUUGCGGAGGUCGACGGCAAGUCCUAUGACAGACAGGGCAUGAUAGUGGAGCGAGCUCCAGAUGGGGGCAGGGCUCAAUUGUAUAGGCAGAACCAGGAGGAAUUGUGUAAGUAGGGACCGGUCUGUCCAUAUAUUGGUGGGACUAGAGAUCCUUGACACACACAAGGCGGGGUUAGGGGUGUACAUAUUUUGAGU